AUGGCGAAAUUUGCGUUUGUAUUACUUUUCCUACUUGAUGUUCUGGUGUGUUUGGCUACCGGUCAGCAACAGUUGCGCGCACGCGGCGGACCGUGGAGACACCGGAUUCAGUGGGAGAAUAACGGUCAACUGUACAGUUUACUGAGCACGGGGACUCAAUAUCGCUCCCCCGCGCAGACUAGAAGACGCACCCAGCUUUUACUCACAACUAACGACAGUUUUAACCGAGUGAACCCUCCUGUUGCUCCCAGUAGAUCCACCACAAUCAGAUCUGGACCCCUCCAAGACGCGGCCGGGGUUCACUCUCAGCGAAACGACCUCAGUCAAAUGGAUGCAUCCGUUCUUGGUGCUGAUGCGGGUCGGUAUCUGCUCGCCUCGGGACGUCCAGGUACACCCAUUCAGUCCCCACCGCGCACGGCCUUUACCGGCCAGGCCGUGGCUUUGGGAUACCGUUCGCACCACGCUCCGUCAAAUGUCAGCGCCGACACUCUCACCGCCAACCAGGAGUUCUCCGGCAGCGGAGUCCCGCGAGGUGGCCGGAGCACAGCUGGAGAAAACGCUGGUGCUCAACAGGCCGUUGCCCCCCCGGGAAGAUCGCCGGACCUUACGCACGGCCGAGGCGGCCGGAUAAGAUCUUCGAACCUGGAAUCAACUGCCCGGUCACCUGCCACAUCCGGAUGGGUGACCCUGGCUGAGGAUGGCGGGAAUGCACGUGGCAUCCCUCAGCAAAGCAGUGCGGGUGGUGCUCGCGGUGCGCACAGGGCGCACUCGCUGACCAGAGUCACACCGGAGUCAAAUGUCUCUCCCACAGCGCUGUUCAGCAACGCCGUGGAAAUACACGUUCCUCGUUCAAGGCCGGAUACAACACGGACUACAGACAUGGGUGACCCACGAGAUCCCCACAGUAUUCAUCACAGGAACUCGGUUUUCUAUGAUGUUUACCCACCAGACCGCAGAAACAGGAUCGCUGCGCGUCCUCCACCGGGAACCGGCUAUGGCACCAGAUUCUUCCACAAUGGUCUCCCAGACUUGGUUCCUGACCCCUAUUACAUCCAAACUGCCUCUUACAUCCAGAGAGUACAGAUGUAUGCACUUCGCUGUGCUGCUGAAGAGAACUGUCUAUCCAGGUCUGCGUAUCAUCCAGGUGUGAGGGACCUCGACUACAGAGUCCUGCUGCGGUUCCCACAGCGAGUGAAGAACCAGGGAACAGCGGACUUCCUCCCAGUGAAGCCCAGACACGAGUGGGAAUGGCACAGCUGCCACCAGCAUUACCACAGUAUGGAGGCCUUUAGUAACUAUGACCUGCUGGACAUCGCCACUGGACAGAAGGUGGCUGAGGGACACAAGGCCAGUUUCUGUCUGGAGGACACGUCAUGUGACCCUGGAAUACGACGGCGCUUCGCCUGCACCGCUCACACACAGGGGCUCGGUCCUGGCUGCUACGAUACGUAUCACGCAAACAUCGACUGCCAGUGGAUUGACAUCACUGAUGUACCACCUGGAAACUACAUACUCAAGGUGACAGUGAAUCCCUCUCAGCUGGUCCAGGAGUCGGAUUUCUCCAACAACGAGGUCCGCUGCGACAUCAGGUACACAGGAGUCCACGUCCAGGCAAGAAACUGCAGGAUCACUGUAAGCUGACCUGACUGAAGAACAAAAUUUUCCCACAGAAUUACAUAUUUAAUACCUUCUUGUUGCUCUCAGUGUGCAGUUGCUACUCUGUUGCGCAGCUGUUUCACAAUUAAAUGU